CCUCUUCUCAGUUCAGCAGCCUCGCAAAUCCAGACCACCUUCGUCGCCUUCUUCCACUCUCUCGAUCGCGUUUAUGAGAUUGUUUUCGCUCUUCACUUGCCAGGUAAGUCUCUUCUUCUUCUUCUUCUUCUUCAGCGGCCUUGUCCCUGUUCUCGCGCUCUUGUCUCUGUCCGCCCUUGUCUCCUUAUUGGCACGCGCGCAGAACAAGCCGUCCGCCCACCAAAAAAGUUCGUGGCUAAUUUUUUUCUCCUCUGCGCAGGACUACUUAUCAGGUUCGUUCUUGCCUCCGCUCUCCUCCUCGGCCCGUCUGUUUCUUCUCUAGACCUUCGCAUUGCUGAUACUGUUGUCCGGAAUAGACCACAUUUGGAAGAACUCCCAUUUAUAAACUAGAAAACAGCUAUGUUGCCCCGUUUCUACCGCCCGUUCUCGCUCAAGGCAUCGAUCAGCCAGACCAGCAGUCUUUCUCGAAAGCUCGCCUUUGCCUCCACGCCCCUCACUGUCCGCUGCUUUGGCUCGGUCUCUCUUCCCAAGGCCACCUUCACUCUCAAAGAUGGCCCCGUUUACACCGGCAAGUCUUUCGGCGCUGACUCCAACAUCUCUGGCGAAGCCGUCUUCACAACCUCCCUUGUUGGAUAUCCCGAGUCAAUGACCGACCCUUCCUACCGUGGCCAAAUCCUCGUCUUCACCCAGCCUCUGAUUGGAAACUACGGUGUCCCCUCCAACGUCCGCGACGAGUACAACCUUCUCCGCUACUUUGAGUCUCCCAAGAUCCAAUGCUCCGGCAUCGUCGUCUCUGACUUCGCCGCCGAGUACUCCCACUGGACUGCUGUCGAAUCUCUCGGAGAGUGGUGUAAGAGAGAGGGUGUUUCCGCCGUCACUGGCGUCGACACGCGUGCCAUCGUUACAUACCUCCGCGAGCAGGGAUCUAGCUUGGCCAAGAUCACCGUCGGAGAGAAGGAAGACAACAGCGAGUUCAUUGAUCCCGGUAAAGUCCACAUGGUCUCGCAGGUGUCUACUCCCGAGCCGUACACCAUCAACCCUGGCCAGGACAUCAAGAUUGCUGUUCUCGACUGCGGCGUGAAGGAGAACAUUAUCCGUUGCCUCGUCAGCCGUGGUGCUACUGCCACCGUUUUCCCCCACAACUUCCCCAUCCAGGAGGUCGCCAGCCAGUUUGACGGAAUUUUCAUCUCCAACGGCCCUGGUGACCCUAUCCACUGCUCGGAGACCGUCUACAACCUGAAGCAGACCAUGGAUACCUUUGCCGGCCCCAUCUUUGGUAUCUGCCUCGGCCAUCAGCUCCUGGCUCUUGCCGUCGGCGCCCAGACUAUCAAGUUGAAGUACGGUAACCGCGCGCACAACAUUCCUACCUUGGACGUCACCACCGGCCAGUGCCACAUCACCUCGCAGAACCACGGCUACGCGGUCGACGCCAGCACUCUCCCGAGCGACUUUGCCGAGUUCUUUGUCAACCUCAACGACCGCUCCAACGAGGGCAUGUACCACAAGUACAGACCGAUCUUCUCCACUCAGUUCCAUCCCGAGGCCAAGGGCGGUCCAUUGGACUCGUCCUUCUUGUUUGACAAGUUCUUGGAGGACAUCAAGAAGUACAAGGCCGAGUCCAACUACGUGAACGUCGGUGCUGUUGCCGAGCCUGCUGUUGCGUCGGCUUCGUCUUUGUAAUGGACUGAUGCCUUUCAACCCCAUCAGACAUGAAAUGAUAACGUUGAUUGAUCUAUCGGCUGUCGCUUUCCCUUUUUAUAUCUGUCGUUUGUUUUUCUUCCUCGGUUUUCUCAAGAUCUGUAAUAAUAUGUAGAAUCAGAAAAGUUCUUCCGCGCUGAUUGAAUAAACACGCGUGCUCGAUAGCGAGUGUCUGUUUUUCUUUUCCGUCUCUUGUCUUUUUUUUGUUUAAUGUUUUGCGAUUUUAACAAUUAGGAAAUGGUUUAUUUACUGUGUUUGCAUUCGGCGCUUGUUACUCGUUGUUAGAGAUUAUUCGUUUUGUGUUUCCACUUCAGUUUAUCAUAAUAAAUUCUCUGCUUUUCUUUUUUA